UUCACUUCUACAAGAGACAAAAUCAUAAUUAUAAAAUGGCGGACAUUAUUUAACAAUAAGAAGUGUACUUGAUGCGUUAAAAAGAGCUGGGUUGGUGGAAACCAGGUGCAGAAGGAAUAAAAUAAUGUUUUCUUUCUGAUGGAUUCUAGCAGAGAAGAGAGGAUGGGUUACACCAGGCUGAAGGGAGGUAAGAGUUCCUGGUUUAGUUACUACCAGGAGCAAAGGAGUUUAGACCAAGAACAAGGAGAAGAGCUUCAGGAGCUUGGUAAUGACUUCUCAGACGGGAAAGUGAUAAAGGAGGAGAAAAACAAAGGAGGGAAAAGCAGCUUUGCGCGGGAAAAGUUUGAAAGCGAGGAAAGAGGAAACUGGGAUAUUGAGGGAAGAUUACGAGGGGAGAGUGAGGGAAGAGAGGAAAAUGAGGGGAGGGGUAGAGAAGAAGGAAGAAGGAGAGGGUAUUGGGAUAGAAGAGAGGUGGAUUAUGAGGUUGAAUACGCUUCUCCACUAACAGAUGAGAGCUGUAUACCACUGUCUCCGAUAGAAGAGAGAUAUCUUUCCCCUUGUCCUGAACUAGACGAGUAUCCAGAGGCAGGGGUGACGGGCAACUCUACCGGACGGAAAGGGGGUCGAGGGAAGGGUGGAACUGGAUUGAUGGCCAAGAGUAAACGUGGAAAGCGGGAUCAAGAUGACACUGGAGAAUCAUCAUCCGGGGGACUCUUCGAGGGGAGUGGAGCCUAUAGAACCCAUAUGCUGUUCCCUGGACGGAAGGACGAGGAGACGACUGCUGAUCCAAGACGGAGCUCAGGGUCCCCGGGGUUUAUGAAAACCAUGAUGUCCUGGGGAAAGCGUCCCAGUGAUCCUAGAACAAGUUCAGGUGGGAGUGGAGGUCUAGGGGGUGCAGGAGGUCCUGGAGGUCCUGGAGGUCCUGUACCUCCCUCCAGAGGUCGAGGCCGAGGUGGUCCAAUGACGAGAGAAGAACUUCAGAAGCUUCGAGAGGACGAGUUGGCCUCCCAGCACAACGGCAAGGGAAGAUUACCGCGAGAACCUCGAAAGGGCAAUCCUUUACUUAAUAUUUUGGAGGUAGAAGAUCCCAAACUGAUUGUUUCCUUUCAUCUGAUGGGUCAACUCAGCCCCUUAAAUAAUGUGAUGGAGAAUCCUUUAGUAAAUCAAAUGGAUGUUCACCUAGACCUCGCCAAACAGUUACUAAAAUCUGCUCAAGAUUUGAACGCUACGGAGGGAUAUCUCUUCAAAAAUCUAGAAAAAGAUGCGGACUACCCGUAUAUAAACUAUUAUGUGAUAAAGAAGUCCCGCGACCAGGCCGGACAGUUUUAUACAGAAAACAAGCUGGUCAGCCAUGAUACCCUCUCCCCUACCCGCCUAGGAUAUUCUGUUAACCACAGUAUGGAUCUGUAUGACGAGGUAGCAACAAUAGCCAGACCCCCAGUUGACCCGUCACACAAGCAGCCUUCAACACUAGCCACUGGAUAUAUCAUAUGUAUAUAUCAGGUAUUUAAAGGAGAUGAUGGGGAGAAAUUUGAAAGGAACUGGCUUUACUGGACAGGUGCCAGAAUGCUGUAUAAAAAUCUCCCCCGCAAUGUUGGACUGAAACGACUGACUCUUCAUAAGUCUGCAACGGGUCCUAACGUAAACUACAUUCUUCUUGUGGAGUGUAGUCACUUCUUAGAUAAUAUUAAUCAGGCUGCCAACCUUCUACCUGUUUUGCGAGCUAGAAUAUGCGGAUACACGGGAAUAUUCAGAAUUGUAGAAUCGUUCUGACACGAAGGGGCUCCUGAAGCUGCCCCCUCUGGCUGGGGGUACCCUGGAGCCCCUAAUACAACCCAUCUGGAACCAACUCCAGUAUCACCCCCACCAGAAAAGAAACCGGAGAAUGGAGGAUUUUUCGCUUCCCUUUUCAAAUCUUAACACUGCGGAAUGUAAAAACAUUGUUUACGUUGUGAAAAAAAUAUGGCGCCAAAAAAUUACAAAUGGCGGACCUUACAUAUCAUGUUGCUCCAACAAGAAAGUGAUAAAGAUUCAUGCUGUAACAUGAGAGGUUACUUGUGCCUGAUUCCCUUUUACCGGGAAAACAAUCGCCUUCUCCUUCUACGGAGAUAACACGUGAAACUCACGAGUUUACAGAAACUUAAGUUUUGUAAUUUUUAAUAUUAUUUUUUUUUAUCCCAAUCCCUCGAUUCACAAACACAUUGUAAUAAAACUCGUCACAUUUAUGCUGAUUCGAGUAUUCGAUAUUACUUUUAAAAAUAUGUUUACAAUGAUGAAGUCAAUGAAAAAACAUCUUGUCACUGUCCAAAAAUACAACUCAGGAAUUUUAGCAAAAUUGAAGGAAAAAAUAUUGAGUUGAUGUUUGUUUACAUUAGAAAAAUAACUCAGCCUACCUCCUCAAAUAUAAUUUACUUGGCAUCAACAUGUUUUUAUUUGCACAAAAUUAAAACGACAUUCACCCCCUUACCUAACCUAGCCCCGCCCCCACCCCUUAUUUGUGCAUAUCCCUGACAUAAUAUUUGUGCGCGCCAAUCUAUAUUUUUAUAAAAUGCUUGAUUUGAAAAAUAAAUUUAUACCGGUGCUGCAA